UCCGGUUGCUCCGGAAGUAAUAUUCCACGGUUCGUCAUAGGCUGCCUAGUAGCUUGUAUUCCUGUGUUUUUCUUUACCGCCUUGCGCCUGGGGAAUCCCCCCUCAGCACAGAACAGCUGUUGGUUUGCGUGCGACGCGUGAGGAAUUUGGUGCGACUGGGAGGCCGCUGGUGACCCGGAAGUCAAGUCCGGCUCUUCCUGGGCGGGGGCGGGGACAGUUGUGAGGGAAGCGAUGGCGGCCGGGUGCCGGACCCAACUCUCCCCGCAGCGCUGAGCGAGGGUGGCCGCCCUCACCUGGGACUCCCCAGGAAGUCACGGUCCAGGAUGGCAGAGCUGAUGGCGGCGGGGGAUGGGCCUGCCCGGGGCCGUACGCCCAGCCCGGUGCUGGGGGGCAUCCCGGUUCCUCCCGGGCCGCCGAGCCCCCGCCUGACCGGGCCUGCCUGUUCCGCCGGGGGGCUGUCCCCGCGUAGCUCCGAGCCGCCCGCCCCGGACAAGCCUGGCUCCGGCUCUAAGUGGGUCCGGCUCAACGUGGGCGGCACAUACUUCGUGAGCACCCGGCAGACCCUGUGUCGGGAGCCCAAGUCCUUCCUGUGCCGCCUCUGCUGCCAGGACGGGCCCGAGCUGGGCUCGGACAAGGAUGAGACAGGGGCAUAUCUCAUCGACAGGGAUCCCACUUAUUUUGGUCCGAUCCUGAACUACCUCCGACAUGGAAAACUCAUAAUAAACAAGGAGUUGGCAGAAGAAGGGGUACUGGAAGAAGCAGAGUUUUACAAUAUUGCAUCCCUGGUGCGUCUGGUGAAGGAGCGGAUACGGGACAAUGAGAACAGAACCUCUCAAGGACCUGUGAAACAUGUGUACAGAGUUCUGCAGUGCCAAGAGGAAGAGCUUACACAGAUGGUGUCCACUAUGUCUGAUGGAUGGAAAUUUGAACAGUUAAUCAGCAUUGGAUCUUCCUAUAACUAUGGAAAUGAGGACCAGGCAGAAUUCCUCUGUGUCGUCUCAAGGGAGCUCAAUAAUUCUACCAAUGGCAUUGUCAUCGAACCUAGUGAGAAGGCAAAGAUUCUUCAGGAGCGAGGAUCCCGGAUGUGAUCCACGUGGCUGAUUCAGUUAUACUCCAAGAUGUCAAAAGGGCAAUCUAGCUGGGCAGAGCGUUUCUUCACAGUUCAGCCUUGCUCUUGUACAGUAACCAAGCUAACGCAAAGCAAAGCUGAGCCUGUCCUGCCAACAGAGAAUAAUUCUGGUCAAAACCAAAGGCUUCCCCCUAAUCCCAGGAAACAAAGGAAAGAAGAGACUCUUCCAGUUGGAUAGUCCCUUUUUCAAAUGUUUGUUUUUGUUUUCUUGGCCGGCGCUGUAUGGAAUUUUUCCCACAAUGGCUGGGCCAGAUUCCCAGUCAGAGCCUUUGGGAGGGUUGCUCAGGUCCAUGAGCCCGUGUAAUCCGCCCAACCUCCCCUGGGGUGAAGUGGGUGAAAGAGGAUUUAUAUUCGAGCUGUGCCAUUUUGUGCACCCAGGUUUAUCAAGUAGAAAACUUGGAGAUAUCCUGCAGCAUUCCUCCCCACCAGUUGGCCCCACACAAAUCAGGUGAAAAGGGUUUAGAAGUGAGGGACAAAAACAAGAACUUUUGUCUUUUUUUUUUUAUACUGAAACUUUUUUCAUUCUUGCUUUGUAUUUGUUACUUGUCAGGUUCCUGAGAGCUGAGUUAGAUACAAAAUAAGCCUAGUGGGGAGGAAUUGUGUUUCUGUCUAAUGUGGGCCUUGGGAGGGGUCUACUGCUAGCACUAUUAUAUAUGGGCUCUUGGCAUAUCCCAAAGCCCAGUGCUCUUCGUGCAUAUUUAAAAAUCUACAUUGGCCCUUGCUAGUGACACAGUAAAUGGUUCUGUCCUUUAUUCUCUCCAGGUUGGAUGAGAGUGGUGACAGGGAUCCUGUCCCACUUCCCCUCCAGUCCCUUGCCACAGCUCUAUCUUAGCCUGGCAUGAUAUUACUUGAUUUACCCAGGUUAGGGACUUGUUGCUGUCACGUUCAGCUUUGCCUUGUUUGUCUCCAGCAGCAUGGACUCCCUUGAUCUCCUGCUGUCUUUUCCCAGCAGGAGGAGUUAGGGGAGGCUUUAUUUUGUACUGUAGCAAGCAGGUAGGUUUGUUUUAAAUCCAGAUAGUUUGGGGAGGAGAGCCCCUAUUUACAUAUGGCGAUUCCACAUCUGCAGCCCGCUCAUUUUUCCACCUUCAGUAGGUCAGCCCAAAGUACCAAGGGGCAUUGCAGAGACUUUGGGGGGGCUUGGUGAAAGUUGCCAAAGUGUUGUAAUGUUUCUUGUCCAAAGUGACGUGUCGACUUUUGUGAAUUUUUUUGGAAUGCCUUGAAUGGAUGUGCAAAUGUUUGUUUGUGCCUCUCUUUAAUUCUAAUCUUAGCCAAACUGGACUCACUGGUCCCCUCAAUGAAUCGGUGCCAUCCCUAAGCAGUGACAUGUCCCUCCUAUCUGGUAAAUGGAAUUUUGUAGGAGUUUGCUGCAUGUUUUUCCCUUCGACCUCGCUUUGUCCUUUGUAGCCCAGUGAUCUGGCACCUGGGCUGUUGAGUAGAGUCCCAAAUUGCUGUUGAACCAAAGUUCCAGGUACACUGGAAUUCACUGGCAUUGGCAAGGCCAUAGUGGAAGUUCCUGGAUUAGGCCCAUGAGCACAGAAUUCCUUGUUUGGAUUGUUGCGUGUGGGAUUCUCCCUGAAGGAAUUGGGCUCACUGUGGUCUUGUCAGUGUUUUGUGCAUAGGGAAGUUUCCCAUCUUGUCGUCUUGUUGAUUUGGGGCAGAGGGCAGCAAGCCGUGGCUUUUGAGGGUAUGGAUGACCUUUUCAAUGAACAAGGUGCAGUAAAGAAAUUCAGAGGGAUACCCCUCCAUGCUCUCCAGUCCAGCUUUUCCCCACACUGCUGUCAGUGUCCCUCCUCUGGUGGGGUCUUCACCUCUUUCUCAGGAAGGAGGGUUGAUUAUCUGUAGUACCUAGUCUUGGUAACAGACUGUGCCAAAUGUCUUUGAACUCACAUUGUAUCAGUUUUGGACUGUUGAAAUGCAGUUGGUGUGGCACCAUAUUCAAUAAUCCAUCUUUCCUACUCCCCCCAUUUUCCCGGUCUGUCACAUGAUGAAAUGGUGUCAGUGUUGGACUGGAUGCCUUGGCUGGGCCCAAAUAACACUGUGAUGUGUACAUAUAGCUCUUAUCUAUGGGUAUCUUGUAGCCCCAGCCAUUGUCAGUUUGUGGUCACAGCUAAGAAAUAAAAAAAUGCAUUAUGCAGUUUAGCAGCAUAAAAGCCACAUAUCACACUAGCCUUCACACCACCAUCUAUCUUUCCCCCCAGGGAAAAGGGGAAGUUGGGAAUUAGUCAAGAAAGAUCUAACGAUAGCAGGAGUAAAUUAGCUGCCCUGUCAGACAGUCAAUACAAGCCCAAUUGACUUGCUGUUCAAGCUGGUGGGCACGAAGCAGUGCUAGGUUUGCUUGGAGGGUGACGUUUUAUCCAGUACAGUGGGAGUUGACAGAAUGAUACCUCAUUGCUUUUUUUUGGGGGGGGGGGUGUCAUCAAAAACACCAUGCCUCGUGAAGCCCAUUUGAGGAGUGCCUGCUGUCAGAAUAGCGGUUUGAAAAAUAUUACCGCCCUACCUUCUCCACACCAGAACGGCUCCAGUAAAACAAGUGGGAAGAAGAACCUGGUAGUUACAACAGGCCAAGACCAGUUCAGUGUGUCCUGUAUAAGUUGCAAUGGACUGAACAUUUCUGCCAGAUACCUGGGGAACAGACUAUAAACGUUAAAUCCUGUUCUCUCCCCAACUUCCCUCUCCAAUGAGAAUUGUUAGAACUUGUCAGUGGAUUUAAUGCCCCACUGGAACCCAAUUGCCUUUUCUUCUUAAAAUCCAAUGGAAUGAGUUAUCUUGUAGAAAAUGAUUCCUGUCAUUUGCAUCCUUACUGGAUCUCAAGUUCUUUGGUGAUACAAAGGGACUGUUCUAGUCUUCUGGGAGGUUGUGGACUCCUGUAGGUACAAGGACUUGCAGUCCAGCUAGAGCAGGAUGCUUUCCCAGAUCACCUAGCUGGGAGUUUCUCCUCUUUAGUGUCUGUGAUAGGUCACCUUUAGCCCUAUGACAGUCUGAAGAACUGGUCUCACUUGGUCUCCACAUUCCAAACUAGUUGCAUCACUGCACUGCUGGAGAUAGGAUUUUUCAUUCCAAUUCCUUUAGCUCAGUUGCAACUAUCUCCUCAAACUAAAACUGGCCUGGGGGGUGGGGGAAGAAUCGCAUUGAAUCACUCCUGUUGACCCUAGAGGGCAGUAUAUUUUGGUGAGUGGGGAAGCAGUGGUAGGAAGUCUGAUAGAUAGCUGUGGGGUUUUGUAUCUCUUGGGAAGGUUCACUUAAAGCAUUAGCACUGGGAACUGAUAGUGAGUUUUAUCUAAUUUCCCAGUGGCCUAAAUUGUUCCAUUAUGGGGAGACUGGAAUUAACCUUCUCUGAAAGUGUCUUUGUUUCUGCACAUUUUUAAAUCAAAUCUUCUCAGGGGUGACUGAGUGGUCCGAGGGGAAGUGGGGGAGUUAGCCACAGGGGUGGGGGCACAGCUCCUCAGACCUCUGCAGCUUGGCCAUGGGCUCCUCACCCUCAGGUUUUGCCUGCAAACCCAGAGGUUUUGUACAGUUUGUCACAUGUCAGUGCCCUUUGCUACUGUUUCUCUUUGUUUAUUAAAUGUGUUUGAAUAAUGAUUCAGAUGCUGUGAUUAUUUUUUUUUCCAAUAAAGAUUCUGAAAUGGGUUGGAAGUUUAAACUAA